AUGGCGGAUUCUGUGGACCGAGUAUUCGUCCACGCGCUCAACACUGUGAAGAAGAUACCCAAAACCGGAGCAUCGCGACCCCCUCCGGCAGAUCGAUUGCGUCUCUAUGGAUUAUACAAGCAGGCUAUGGAGGGAGACGUGGAUGGUGUCAUGAUGCGGCCGAGUUCGAGAGGUGAGGGGGAAGAUGGUGAAGGGGGAUUGCAGGGGGAAGAGUUAAAGAGGGAAAGAGACAAAUGGGAUGCGUGGGAUGCACAGAGAGGAGUCAGUAGGACUGAAGCCAAGAGAAGGUAUAUUGAAGCAUUAAUUGAUACUAUGCAUAAGUAUGCUAGUACUACUGCAGAUGCAAGAGAAUUGGUUGCAGAAUUAGAAUUCGUUUGGGAUCAGAUAAAGAACAAUAGUCCAUCGUCUACGGGAUCUUCGCAUGGUCGACGUGUGCCAUCUUACACGACUCAACCGAGGCAAUAUCAACCACCGGUAUCAGGAACUGAAGGUGGAAUGAGAGUACUGAGUCCGAUGAGCCAAGACGAUGAGGCCGAGAGAGAUUCUGAGAGAAGGGUGGUGGGAUAUAAUGGCGGAGACGAAGACGAAUUUACGGACGAUUGCCACGGGAAGGGAGUAUCAGGGCAAGAAAUCAAGAUCUCCGAGGAAAUGGCUGGCUUGGUUUAUAUGGAUUGCCAUCAAGCAUUGCUUGGUGGAUAUUGCGCUAUUGGGCCUCAUUCUGCUGUGGAUGAGACGAAAGAAAGAUAG